UUCUUCGCCAAGACUGUCAGGGGCAUGAACAGCCGACACGGGUCUUGGCCGUCAAAUAGCGUACGGAAGGAACUCCGGGAUGAGAUGCGGGAGUUUGCUAGCGAGCGCUUGCAGCUGGUGCAGGCACAGGGCGGCAUGGUCCGCAUGCAGAAGCGCAAGCCCGUGGGCAUGGCGUUCCACUGGUUCCUCCCCAAGCCGUUCGGGCAGCAGGCGAGGGAGAGCCGCCUGGACCUUACCGACCCCAUGAGGUAUACCUACAAGGCAAACCAGGCGUCGCCGAUGUUCAUGGAGCUCUUGUGUCCGCCGGCCCAGGAGGUGGAAUUCCCUUCCGAAGGGACUGAGGAAACGGAGAUCCACAAGGACGUGAAGCAGUUGCAAAAGGUGUCGCAGAUUUUGGUGAGGAGGCACGACGAGCGGUUGACGAAAGCGCCGGACGUCUUCAUAGACGGCACCACCCGGGGGGACCCGGAAAAAAUCAAGAGGGAAUUCUACCGUGGGGACGACUGAUCGUGAUCGUGAUCGAUGAUUGGUCCGACUGCUGCUGCUGCUGCUGCUGCCCAUUACGCUGCACCACCCACCCACCACGUGUUUCCUCCGCUGCCGUUGCGAUAAGUUAGCAGCAGGCGUCGACACGAAGUGGUAUGUUCUAGUGAGAGCCCUCUUCAAGGUGUGCGAGGCCCCAGAGUCAAGCUACAACACAGGUCCGUUGAUGCUCUUUCGAAAUUUGAGAACAUUGUCUACGAGAGACGGUCGGUUGACCCCGAGGGCGCCGUGCGUACACCCUUCAGAUAGGAGCAGAAGACACGAAAGGGACGGGGCAGGUUUGUGAAGGCGGUUGCUGUUUGGCGUUUUGAUGGGACCUCAUCUUCACUGUGAACAGUUUGUUUCACGAGCGGUGGCGGUAGCGGUAGCGGGAACAGUAGCGGUGUAGCCAACUUGGUCGUGUGCGGGGCGCUUCGUUUGAUGACGCCGUUUGAGCUGACAUAUCUGUAUUGUGUGUCGUGGAUGAUUUUUUUGUUCUUUGCCGCGUGUGGAAAUGAGCUCGCAAGGCUGUUGCAGUCUGAGCAAGGUCAUGUAUUGUUUGCUUCGCCGAUACAUCCGCUCGAACGAAACUAUGCCAGCGCCAAGUCCCGGCCCUCUCAUGAGAAUUUUUAAUAGAAGAAUCCAAUCGAAGCGUGGAACAACAUGAAAAGCGUUUAGUCUCC